GUACGUUUACAGUUAACUCAUCAUCAAUAGUAAUACGGAUUUCCUCAUUCCUGACAAUUGUGUUCACUAUUUUUGGAAUUUCACCGUGAUUUUCAUUUUACUCACGAAAAAAAGUGUUUUCUUUUUUUUUUCAUUUUUUACUAAUGUCUCAAUAUUGGUGCUUGUGUUGCAAAAUAACAAGAUGAAAUUGAUUAGAAAAAAAUGUCCAAUUGUGAGAAAUCGUAAACUUGAGAUUCAAAAAGUGAACCAGAGUAACGUGCAACGUGACAAUAUAAAGUUUUUCCCCCCGGGGCGGUGCAAGGGGGAGAAAAAAAAAAGAAUUUCUUAUCACUAAGGAAACAAACUAUUAACCUAAGAGAGAGAGAUGAUAGCGUAGAGAUAACAUUGACAACAUUAACAGUCGUAUUAGGGUCUAUCGAGGGAAAAUGACGAGUAUUCCUUGAGCUCUUAAUGAACUUUUUUUUUUUUUCUGUGAAGAAGAGGAAUCUGUGAUUCUGUGAAGAUUCUUUAAGGAAGAAAAAAAAAAAGAAGUUUGAAAAAAAAGUGUACGGCCUCGAAAUGUUAAAUUCGAGUCAAGUGCAAAACCCCGGUCUACUGACACCAGUGGUGAAUUCUCCGAAUAAUCAUCGUUACGCAUCAAUGCUGAAUAUGGAGAUGAACAUGAUGUCAAACGCAUCGUGCGAUGGUUGUAUGGACAGUGAUCGUGAUUCGGACAGCAGUAGCAUGAUUGUCGAUCCAGUGAGUCUCGAUAAACAGGAUUUAUCACCGGAACCAUCGACAAGUCCCAUAACACCAUCAACAGUCUCUGCUUCAUCAAGAAAUCGUAAUAAUAAAAAUUACAAGAAAAACUAUUCAAUGUCAACGAAUUCAAAGAAUCAUCAUCAUCAUAAUAAUAAUCAGGGUACAAAUUAUUCGUCAGAUAAAUUAUCCUCAUCAUUGAUAAAACCGCCGUAUUCAUAUAUUGCCCUGAUAACAAUGGCAAUAUUACAAUCGCCACAAAAGAAAUUAACACUCAGUGGUAUUUGUGAAUUUAUCAUGACCAGGUUCCCUUAUUAUCACGACAAAUUUCCCGCCUGGCAAAAUUCAAUUAGGCAUAAUUUAUCGUUGAACGAUUGUUUUAUAAAGAUUCCAAGGGAGCCGGGAAAUCCGGGCAAGGGAAAUUAUUGGACAUUGGAUCCACUUGCUGAGGAUAUGUUUGAUAAUGGGAGUUUUUUGAGGCGACGAAAACGUUAUAAGAGGCCACCACCUCACUAUGUUUUGCGAGAUCGAGCAAUAAUGGCGACAUUCGCUAUUUGUGGUGGUGAUAGGAGUUCGUGUACUGGUGGAGGUCAUCCUGGUGGUAUACCGUAUCCUUAUUUAGCGACACCAUCGGGAUUGCCGCUAUUGGACUUUCCAUCGUCGGCAUUGGAUGCGUUGAAGUUGAGAAAUUUUUUGGAACCACCGCCACCGCUUUAUAAGCCAGUGGCAAUAACUGCGCCGCCAUCAAUUAGGCAAAUUAAUCCUGUACCGAGGACAUCGAUGCCUAGUAGUGCUAAUACUGCGUCGUCUGUUGUUAUUGAUAAGAAGAGGAGUUUCAGUAUUGAUGCAUUAAUUGGAAAACAAGUUGGUAGCGAACAAAAUGUUGUUGGUGGAUUGCUUGAUUUGAGUCCGUCGGAACAUCGGGAAAUUAGAAGUCAAGCGUCGGCAUUUUCACCGUUGAUUUAAAGCGGAUUUUUUAUACUGUAACGAAUUUCUUUUGUUUUUUUUCCUUUUUGUUCUUCUUCGAGCUUUUUUUGACUUUCGAUAUUUAUUUAUUUCUCUCUUU